GUUACGCGUUCGAGGUUGGUUGACGCACGGUCGUUUGGCGCAGAUAUACUUUACAUGGUAAUAUAGUCAGUGGCGGGUAAUAAAACGAGAAUUUGCAUAACGCCGCAGAGGGGAAAAAGAGGAUAAAAAAGAGACGAUCCUCGUCGUCAAAUCUCGGUAAAUAACUGAAAUGGGUAAACGAUAUUACUGCGACUACUGCGAUCGAUCCUUCAAGGACGACCCGGAAGCGAGAAAAAAACACUUGUCGAGUCUCCAGCAUUCGAGAAAUCGCGCCGAGCAUUACGACCGGUUCAAAGACGCAGCCGUAAUCCUGAAGGAAGAAUCGGCGAAAACACUCUGCAAACGCUUCAUGACUCAGGGUGACUGCGCCUUUGGAAGCGGGUGCAGAUUCUCCCACUACACACCGCACAUGAUGUGGGAGCUGGAGCAGCACGUACUCGCAAGGGAACGGCAGAGCCUGCAGGGCGCGGAUUUACCGCCGCUGGACUCCGAGGCGAUCGAGGAUCUUCUCGAGGGCGCAACGGAGGCUGGAGACCAGGUCCAAAGGAGCUUCGUACCCCGAUGGAACUACCCCGUAGACCUUCAGAGCUUCCCCAAUCUGCCGCCAUCGCUGUGGCCAAUAACGUCGGACUCGAUAACGGACACGAAUUUCGGAAAAUGGGGUUUUUAGCCGAUCGAAGGACGAAACAUGAUCUGUGAUAAUGUUAGAAAGCGUGGUGAUAUGGUGUGCCUAGGACUGCAGCGCUGGACUGAACUUAAGUAAGUCGUGUACCAACGGCGCCAAAAUACCCUAGAUCGGUGGUGAUCAAUUGUUGUGAGGUUGAAUCUGUGUGGGGGUAAAAAUAACUCAAACCACAACUGUACACGAUGGCAUUACCGAGCCAAGUAGCGUUCACCAGAAAAAAUAAUUCCCUAACAAUAUAGGGAUUUUUUUGGGCAGU